AUGGCCAGCGCCGGCACGUCGUGCAGCGUCCGCCUCGAGGGAGACAACGACGCCGUACUCGAGACGGUGGCGAGGAUCGGCGGCAAACUAGCGAGCGAGGAAGGCGGCGAGGCGGUGGUGGUCGAGUCGCUUCGCGAGCUGCAGGACGUGCACAUGACCUUCGAGGCGCUGGAGGCCACCAAGAUCGGCCACGCCGUCAACGCCCUGAGGAAGAGCGCGCCGUCGGAGGAGGCGCGCCAGCUCGCCGCCGCGCUCUACAAGGGAUGGAAGGCUCUGGCCAACGAGCGCCAAAAGGCUGAUAAGGGCAUCGAGAAGGCUCCCUCGACGCCACCGCCGCCGCCGCCGGUCAACACGAAGCAGUCAGCUCGGCCCGAGGGCGAACUCGAGACGAUAGCCCCGACAAGUGUCGUCGUCGAGGCGGCACCGGAGGCGAAGCUCCACCUCCACGAGGGGUUUGACAGCGCGGCAAUCCUCAGGAAGCCGAAGAGCUUACGGGUGAUCAACACCAACGCGCCGAGGAAGACAGAGCAUCGCCGCGUGAUGGUUGUCCGUCGUACGGCGGCUGCCCGGGAGCCCGCGCUGGCGUCGAACGAAGCAAGGCGAAACGGCGGAGGCUCCAAAUCCAACCAGCAAGCCUACUGCCCGGCGACGGCGAGCAACCUGGGUACCAAUGCUGCAGCUAAGCGUGUCUCGCCAACUGGCGCUGCGGCUGCACCCUUGACGACCGCUAAACUGCCGACUGCACCGCCGAAGCCCGUCGGUUCGUCGGGCGCUUGCAAGAGCAAAGUAGAGGUCCCCGCGGUUUUCGACGAGGCGAGGCUGGCAAGGGCCAGGAUAAGGCUCCACGAGGGGUACAAGGAGGCCUCCGCAGUCAAGGAGAAGAGGAAGAUCAAGGAGGUCAUGGUCAUUGCCGCACCGGGGAAGGCGAGGCAGCGUCCUGCUCACAAUGUACGGUGCACGGCUGCCCACCGGACAUGGACAAGGAAGCAAGCUCCGGUGCCUUGUCCGCCCAGGAUGCCCAGGGCUUUUUGA